CUUCAUCUGCGAUGCAACGGACAGCAUCGCCAUUCGUUGGCAAACAAUUUUCCGUGAAACAGAAAACUCCCAAUUGCAGCCUCUCGCUCACAAAUCCAAGGGCCACUGACUAAGGCGCAGCUGGCCGCCGCCGCCGCAGGUAGAUCGCCACUCUUUUGCUGCGACUUUCGCGUGUGGGAGCUUCAAACUGCUAUUUGAACAUUCAUUACAUCAACAGAGAUUUAUGGAGAAAGUGACUGGAAAGUCUUGCUGCUUGUGACUCACCUUUGCAUCUUAGAUCAUCCUCAACAUUUCACCUUAAGGGACAUUUGACUGCCUUGAAAGUUGUGCAGCGUUUGUUAGCAAAGAGAAGGUAGGAGAGUUCUACUUUAAUGGAAGCUUCUGCUAAAAUCCUUACCCUUGACAAUCAUGCAUGUAAUGGAGAGUGGACAAUUGUUUUACCUCGACGUGGCAAGCAAAGGAGAAAGUUUCCUAAAAUUAGGACUUUAGAACAACAGCUGCAGCCAUGGGUUCCAACUGAUCUUGAAUCUGAUCCAAACAGACAAUCAAAGUUGAUAGAAAAGAUGCAGACCUGUAUGAAGAAAGUAGAGAACUCUCAAUUUUAUCUUAACCUUUUGGAACAAAUUCGGACUCCAGAAAUCUUGGAUUGUUUUUACAGGGUUCUUGGCUCAGAGUUGAAAAUGCCGAUGGUGAUAUAUGGUAUUGGCAGCAUUGAAUCAUAUGAAACUCCUCGAAUUCAGCUGAGUGUUGCAAUCUUGAUGAAAAAAGAGUUCAGUUGGAUUGGGGACAUAGAGGUUUUUGAUCCGGUACUUUCUGCAACAGAAUCUCGAGUUUUGGAAGUCCUUGGUUGUUCUGUUCUAUCCAUGAAUGAACACGGUCGUCGACGUGUUACCAAGCCUACAAUAUUUUACAUGCCACAUUGCGAGGCAGAAUUAUACAACAAUCUUCUACAGGCAAACUGGGGAGUGGACCUGUUGAAUUGUAUUGUAUUGUUUGGGAACAGCUUUGAGCUGUAUCGGUAUUUGUCUGAGUUUAGGAACUCAACUCUUGUUGAUUCAUCCAGGCAUAUUGUGGCUGUUCGAGAAUUCACUCAUGAGUAUGUAAUCAAGACAAUUUCAAAUGACUAUUUUGCUGCUUUUCAUGAUUCAAGUUGGCAUUUUUUCAGCCCUGUUCUUGAGACGGAGCUGCAGUUAUUUAAAAACUGAAUGUGAUGUGUAAGAAACUGUAGCCUAAUUAAAACACAGCAUAUGUUUGAACAAUUUAUUGGUGAUGAUUAGAUUGUGUUUUCUGUC